GGCGUAACUGCUGCGACUGUUGGACAAUACGCCUCCACCCAACGACGCCAUGAACAACGGCCCCGAACACGACCGCGACUGGCCAUCCCUGGACACGUCGUUCCUUCGAGCGUGCGCUGACGCGAACGAACGAUCGCUGCAAGAGAUGCGACGCAUGGAACUCCAACGCGACGACAUUCGAAACAACUUGGGCAUUUCCAAAACCACGAUGGCCGAGUGGACAGCCGAGCACCAAGCCCUCGUCGCCAGUGGCGCGCUAGGAGCCCCCACGCAUCGCUUGGGAACGCCAUCUUCCUCUUAAUAGAUCUCGUUGAGCGCGAACCA